CCCCCCCCCCCCCCCCCCCCCCCUCCUCCUCUUCCCUUCCCUUCCCUUCUUUUUCUUCUCCUUCUCUUCUACCUAUACUCAUCUUCAUGCGCAUGCCAACGGCUACGGCGAUUUCCUCUAGUCAUUUCUGGUGACUGCUCCAAUUUCCGUAAUUGGAUUACUAUCCACACAUAUUAGCCAAAUCUGAGAAACAGUCAUGGUUUGUGUAAACGUAUAAUCGAGAUUUGCUAGUUUCAAGAAGUUGAAGCGGACGGGCCAUUCCAUUUGUUUAACAUGCGUUUACGAGUGCGUAGUACGUUCAGUUUGCUCUACAUUCUUAGUAUUAUUUUCAAUGGUCGAACUUCCAGCGAGGGUCAAAUGGCUGACAGCAAAUUUCUGAACGUUGGGGAGGAGCUGUUGAGGGAAACUCUACCACUACAAAUGGGUUUGCGCUUUUACCAGCUACAAGGACUCAAACCUUAUACGUGUUAUGAAGUGAAGAUAUCAUAUCCAGCUUCUAUACCGGCUAGCUUUUCCUUACAACUGAAGAGAGGCAAAUCGAACUCAGUGCUGAAUCACUACAGAAGAUUACUCAAUACUGAAAAGCUCAUUUUCAGAACUGAAAGUCUCGAAUCACUUAGCAAUGAGGAUGGUAUCUAUGUGUUGGUGACUGUGGAACCUGAGGGGAUUGUUGCUAUACCACAUGUUCAGGAGAGGCAGUUCAUCAUCUUUAAUAUAGUUUGUGAUGAACUACUGCUGGGCAUCCCGCAUAAAGCUUGGUGGGUUGUGGUCUUGGUGCUUUUUUGCCUUGGAUUGGCAUUCAUCAUUCCAUCUUUUCUUCCAUCAUAUCUGCUGCAGGAGAGCCAAAGCCCACGAAUAAAGCAGGAUUUUUCCAAGGUUUCUUGAAACUCCGCUCAAGAAAAAUGUUUGGCUCGGAUUUCCCCCCGUCUUCCUUUGUUGGGGAGCACUUUGCUAUUAGUUCAGGAGUAUAUAAUACUAGCCUAGCGCUGGGUUGGCAAAGUGCGCAGGGUUGCUGUUUCCGUAAUUGAUUGCAAAUGGUUUUUCGUCAGCCGGGGAUGGAUAAACUUCUACCUGCCGCUUGUAUAGGGUUGUAUGAAACUGUCCGAGUCAUCCUUCUUACUUUUUCUGAGAGGUAGAUAAAAUUUACUAAUUUAGUGCUCGUCCAAAUUAUGGAAGCAAAUUAAUCUGUUGCCUGUUUUUUA